UCUACACCCCACCCCUCCACUGAAUUUUUCUGCUAUAAAAGAGCAUGUUGAACCAUAUUCCCACUACAGUGUCACAACGAAUAUUGCGUUGAAAUCAUGGAUCCGCAAGCUUCAUCACAUACCAAAUCCGACAACAAUACCAUCACCACUUGGUGCUGCCAGUGCUGGUUGUCCACCACCACAAGCGGCGGCGGCGGCGGCUGUGACGGUGGCUGUAGCAGCUCCACUUCGCAAUCGUCACCCGGACCACAACCGAUGGCAACAGCAAAGGCACUGUUAAAACAAGACGAUGGGGACAAGGGAAAAACAAACUGCCUAGAGAGCGCUUCUGAGAGCGAUACGAGCGAUGAAAUGAAAUCUUUUUAUCAAGGAUGUAAAAGCAAGUGGAUAAAAGCGUUCCAGAACAAUACUCUGAUUAAUAGAUGGCGCCUCCCCAUGCCAUUUCACACAUUUAGAGCGGAAGUAGCGAGAUUGUUAAAACGAUUGUAUAUGGAAGGUCACCAUGACGAUUGUCAUAUUUACCCGUUAAUUGUAAUGUGGGACGAUUUAAACGAUGACGUAGAAGAGAUAGUGGGAGAUGCUCAAAUCAACUAUCAAGACUGGAUUGCGUUAUUAGGUGGCGUUACAGCGGAACUAUUUUCACGCGUGGUGUUCAAUACUAAAUCUUUUAAUUAUUUAAUCAAUGUAAUAUUUUGUGUGCUAGGUCCAAACAUAAUAGCUUCCGGUGAUUAUGAAUGUGAACCUAAAUGUAAGAAUGCUCGUACAUAUUAAGGUGAUGAUGCAUUUAUUCCUUGUCAUUGUUUAAUUUUAAAUUGUUAGCUCGCUGCGAAUGUAAAUGUUUUAAUGUACACGUAUUAAUAAUAAAUUCAUAUUACUGAAUA